CUCCUAAAAAAGCUGAUAUUUUCCAUCGCGAUGCUUUUUCGACCGUAGCCCUCCAUUCAUUCAGACUCUCCUUCACUUCAGUUCACAGCCCCUCCCAGCAGCCACCGCCGAACGCCGCCCUUCCUAGCCUCAGCCACCGAACGCCGUCCUCCCAGCCGUAGCCGCCGAGCGUCGUCCCUCCCAGCCGCAGCUGUCGAACGCCGCCCCUCUCAGCCGCAGCCGCUGCACGCCUCCCCUCCCAGCCGCAGCCGCCGGUCGCCUCACCUCCCAGAUGCAGCCACCUCACGCCGCCCCCUCCUAAUACAGUCCUUUACCCGCUCAUAUUGGCUCAAUAGAGUCUAAAUAGCGAUCAUCCCAUUAUCCGCUAUACCGCUAUAGCAUUUUUGGGGCUUGCCGCUACGCUCCGCUAUCUGGGAUUAACAACACUGAUCGGUGCAGAAUAGUGGAGUUACAGUGGUGGCAUCAUCUAGAGAAUAUUGUAAGUGGGUGGAAAACAACCGACAUGGUGUUAAGAUGGAUGAUUGCGGGUUCACUCUAGUUGACACAAGUCAUUUCCGCGAUAGUGGUGAUGAAUAUUUUAGGCAUUGGUGAUGUUAAUGAUGAGGAUGAGUAUGAUCAACAUGAAUACACUUCACCUUUUUCGGUUCCUGCACUCUUACAGACAGAAGAGAAAGAUAUUGAGAGACAAUAUAUGCGUUCGGAUCAUCAAGAAGGGAUAGAACUGAAGGGAUGGAGGACAUUUUAUACAUAAUGGCUAAUGAUGAGGAUGACUAUGUUAUUGAAGAGGAAAGUGAAGAGGAAGUUGAAGAGGAUGCUACAUCACGGCGCAUUCAUGAUUUUGAAGAAGAGGCUGAUGUUAGAGGAGAUAUGGAGGAGUCAGGGUAUUCAUCGGAAGAGAUCGAAAAAGCCUUGGAGAAUAGAAGAAGAAAAAAGAAGGAUAAUAGUAAGAAAUCUGGGAGGGGGGCAUUUAAGAGGCUAAAAGUAACGGAACCCAUGUUUUUACAAAUUGACUCGUUUGGUCGUGCCACGGGUAAAUGGAGACUAAAAUUUGGACAACAUGUCGGCUUAUGUUCUCGCAAAUUAAACAUCAACAUGAGGUGGUCAGAUGUAUCUAAUGGCUUGAAAGAUACUCUUUGGGAAGACACUAGGAAUUUGUUUCAUCUUCCAGACGAUCCUGCUAUUAAGAAUCUUUUUUUAUCCACGGUGGCAUGUCGCUUUAGAGACUUUAAAGCAAAAUUAGUUUCAGGAUGGAUCACGUGUGUUAGAAAGCGAACAAAACAGGAAGAUGGAAAACUUCCACCACAAAUCUGGCGUCACAUUACAUCAGACAUUUGGGAAGAGUUCAAGAGGCGAAAGAUGACUCCAGAGGCUGAGGACAUAAGGAAAAAAGCAUCAGAGAGUGCUUCACAAAACCAACACCAUCAUCAUAUGGGGCAAAGGAAUUAUGAAGACAACAGAGCUAUUUGGAUUGAUGAAGGCUUUUAUCCUAGUGCUUGCACAAAUUCUUCAUCGAUUGGGUCUAGUGCUACGCAAUUUAAUAGAGGUGAUGAUUGGUACUGUGCAAUGCAUGCUCGUGAUAAGGAGGGAAAUCGAGUUAUUCCAGAUAAGCGUACACAAGAAGUAGCUGAGAAAUAUGUUGAGUAUAAGAACAAACAGAAUGUGGGUGAAUUUGCUCCUCAACGCAAUAGAGAUGCUUUAUAUUACGCUCGUGGAGAGAAGGCGGAUCACUCCGGCCGUGCUAUUGGAUAUGGCGGCAUUAAUGUUGGAUACUCAAAAGCUUUUGGCAAAAAAAUGAGUGGAUCACAGUACAAUAAACGUUCAACACAGAACAUUGAGUCCAUAAAGUCCUCAAUAAGAGAAGAGCUUAGACGUGAGAUGAAUGAAACAAUGAAACUGAACAUGAUUGCAAUCUUGAACGAAAUGGGUAUUACAGGUUUUAACUUUUCUAGUGGUGCCUCUAUUCCGACACCAACAACAUCAACAAAUCACGCGCCACAUCCAUUUCCGAGUGAUGAAAUGCGGGGCCCAAGAGUAUGUCGUUCUAAAUUAUUUUUAAGUGAUCUUGGAACCGGACAAUUGUUUGAGGUUGGUGGUGACACAACAUUUCCAUCUGGACCUGGAGUAAAGUGUCAUCAUUUACCCAUUAUGGAAGGUCAUUUAAAAGCGGCGAGUUUUAAAUCAUCAAAGGGAAAGAAGAAAUUGGACGUGCAUAAAAAACCAGUCAAACAACGAUCUCUAGUGUCUGAACAGGUUCUAUUGUCACUUAGCAGAGAUUGCAAAUGGUUGCACUCGAUUAUAGCAUCCAGAUCUAGGGAUGAUCCCAUUGUUGUUACAUUAGAUGCUAGUAUGUUCCAUUAUGAAUAUGAUGACGGUAAUGCGUAUCUUACUAUUGAGGACAUCAGUCAGUUUCUAUAUGGUGCCAUGAUUAAUAUUGCCAUUAUUCAAGUAUUUAUAAUAGCAAUGCAGGAUUAUUUAAAGGGUUUGGGUACACUUGCGCAGCUUGGAUGGAUGUGUCCUGAUUCAAUUAGUGCAACUGCAUGUGAAAAUAACCUAGAAGAUGUGAAGGUUUACAUACACCGAGCCAUCACGGAAUCUCGGAAUACUGGCAUUGAUAUUCUUGUUGCUCCUUAUUAUGAAAAUUAUCACUGGGUGUUGCUUGUGAUUUGGAUCUCACGUGGCAUGAUAUUUAUUUAUGAUUCGCUCCGGACUAGUCCGAUGCGUCGCUUAUUAAUCAUGUCAUUGUUCAGCAGUGUUUUUAGAAUAUUUGCGGUGGUGGACAGGUGAAAAAGAUAACUUGGAAACAAAUGAAGUGUGCAAAACAAACGGGCGGCUUGGAAUGUGGAUUUUAUGUAAUGAGAUUCAUGUUUGAUGUGGUUAAAAGUAUCGCUGAAGGUCAAGAUCUGGAGCAGGUGUACAAGAGCAACAUAAGAGAUAAUGCGCUGUUAAUGGCAGAAAUCGGUGAAAUCCGUGAUAUAUGGGCUAUAUUUGUUUCUGACAAUUUAUUGUAAGCUCUUGUAUAAAUCAUGUAUUGUAAUCAUAUAUUGAAUCAUACUGUUGUAAUGUUUGAGAACUUGGAUUGUUAUACAAAAUUUUUGGUGCUCUGAAAUUUGUUGUUUUCAAUUUAGAGCAAAUAAUUAUUAAAUCGAGCCGUGUUAAUUCAAAUCUGGA